CAGCAGCAGCAGCAGAAGAUGGCUGACUGGCCCGGGCGACCCGCCGCCCACCCCACCUCCCUCCCUCCCUCCGGGGCCCCCUCCCCGCUGACCCCCGCCCUCCUCCCCUGAAGCCCCGCUUUCCCGCCUUCCCUCCCCACUCACCCCCACCCGGUCUCCUGCCUCCCCCCCCCCCAAAUAAUACCAGCAGCCAUUUCAUCUCUACCAAAGUAGAGAGAGAGAGAGAGGGAGAUACACAUUCAUACCCACACAGGCGCGCGGUCGCGGGGGGACAUCCCACGCAGCCAGCCACACGCGCGUGCACACACGCGCACUCAAAAUAUGGCAGAAAUGGAGAAAGAAGGGAGACCUCCGGAAAAUAAAAGAAGCAGGAAACCGGCUCACCCGGUGAAAAGGGAAAUCAAUGAGGAGAUGAAGAACUUUGCAGAAAACACCAUGAAUGAGCUCCUUGGCUGGUAUGGUUAUGAUAAGGUUGAAUUAAAAGAUGGAGAAGAUAUUGAAUUCAGGAACUACCCCACAGAUGGGGAGAGCCGACAGCACAUUUCUGUUCUCAAAGAAAAUUCUUUGCCAAAACCAAAAUUACCUGAAGACAGUGUUAUUUCACCAUACAAUAUACAUCCGAACUAUCCAGGGCUUACCACAGGAAAUGGACUCUCAGACUCACCAGCAGGAUCAAAAGAACAUGGGAACGUACCCAUUAUUGUACCUUUAAUUCCACCACCAUUCAUAAAACCACCAGCAGAAGAUGAUGUGUCAAAUGUACAAAUAAUGUGUGCCUGGUGCCAGAAAGUGGGAAUCAAGCGCUAUUCCCUGAGUAUGGGGAGUGAAGUGAAAUGUUUCUGUAGCGAGAAAUGCUUUGCAGCUUGCCGAAGAGCAUAUUUCAAGAGAAACAAGGCUAGAGAUGAAGAUGGACAUGCUGAAAAUUUCCCCCAGCAGCACUAUGCUAAGGAAACUCCAAGACUUGCCUUCAAGAAUAACUGCGAACUACUUGUAUGUGACUGGUGUAAGCACAUAAGACACACAAAAGAGUAUCUGGAUUUUGGGGACGGGGAAAGAAGGCUUCAGUUCUGCAGUGCAAAAUGUCUCAAUCAGUACAAAAUGGAUAUUUUCUACAAAGAGACGCAGGCCAAUCUUCCAGCUGGACUCUGCAGCACAUUACAUCCUCCAGUUGAAAAUAAAGCAGAAGGCACUGGGGUUCAGCUGCUAACUCCAGAUUCUUGGAAUAUAUCGCUAGCAGAUGCUCGGAGAAAGGCCCCAUCCCCAGCCUCUGCAGCUGGCCAAAUUCAAGUUCCUGGACUAUCCGCAUCUAACACUGCCUCUCCGCCUGAUACUGCCAACUGCUCUGUCACUAAAAUCCCAACGCCUGUUCCUAAACCUAUGUCCAUCAGUGACAAUCCAAAUAUUCCACCGGUUUCUAUUCAGCCACCUGGAAGCAUUGUGCCUCCAAUGGGUGUCCCACCUCGAAGUCCUCCCAUGGUGAUGACAAACCGUGGGCCAGUUCCCUUGCCCAUUUUCAUGGAACAGCAAAUACUGCAGCAGAUUCGUCCACCGUUUAUUCGAGGGCCACCUCAUCAUGCCUCAAAUCCAAAUAGCCCUCUGUCCAAUCCAAUGAUUCCUGGAAUCGGCCCACCACCAGGUGGUCCUAGAAAUAUGGGCCCCAACUCCAGUCCAAUGCACAGGCCAAUGCUGUCUCCUCACAUUCACCCCCCAACAACUCCAACCAUGCCUGGAAACCCCCCAGGCUUACUACCACCUCCACCUCCAGGAGUCCCUUUGCCCAGUCUUCCCUUCCCUCCUGUAAGCAUGAUGCCAAAUGGUCCUAUGCCCAUGCCUCAGAUGAUGAACUUUGGCUUGCCAUCUCUUGCCCCACUGGUGCCACCCCCGACCCUGUUAGUGCCAUAUCCUGUCAUUGUUCCUCUUCCAGUUCCUAUCCCUAUUCCAAUCCCUAUUCCUCACCUCAAUGAUUCCAAGCCCCCAAAUGGCUUCUCCAGCAAUGGGGAGAGCUUCAUUCCAAGUACAUCCAGUGAUGCCACUGGAACAAAGCCAACAAAUAACUCUGUGUCCCCCAGAGAUUCAAAGCAAGGACCUUCCAAGUCCUCCGACUCAACGCCAAGCUGCUCAGGCCAGUCCUUAAAUCAAACACAAGCGCAUCAGGAGCACAGUAAAAAUGAAGUCGUUGAUUUGACUGUGAGACCUAGUAGUCCAGUGAACAAGAAGUGUGCUUUCCCUACAGUACUACAGGGACCACAGGACGGUGUGAUAGACUUAACUGUAGGCCACAGGUCUAGACUACACAACGUUAUCCACAGGGCUUUACAUGCUCAUGUCAAAGUUGAACAUGAAGCUAACAGUGUUGUAAAUCUAACUUUUGGUAGCUCAGAAAAAAGGAACUGCAAUGACUGCAGGAACAAUUGCAGCCCCACUGAAACAAAAACUUUACCUUGCAGUGACCCAGUGCACUGUGGAUCUGUCACACUGGCGUCUGGUACUCCAGAAAGUAGCGCAUCUGCAGUUUGCAAUGUCAUUGUGAAUGGCACAAAGGGCCCAGAGGUUUCUAAAAACUCAGAACAGCCUCAAGAGCAGAAGAAAUCUCAACCUCUGGAAGAACUUCCAGUGAGCGAACUGGAGUCUGUUAAGGAGAACAACUGUACUCCGAACUGCCGCCGAGAAGGAGACUCUAAUAAGAAGAUUGGGGAAGAGCCCCUGUUUGUGGGAGAUAAGCAAGAUCCCAACCUGAACAAUCCUGCAGAUGAGGACCAUGCGUACGCUUUGCGGAUGCUACCCAAAGCAGGCUGUGUCAUCCAGCCUGUGCCAAAACCAGCGGAAAAGACUGCUAUUGCACCAUGCAUUAUCUCAACGCCAAUUCUCAACACAGGGCCAGAAGAUCUGGAGCCACCACUGAAAAGGAGGUGCCUCCGAAUUCGAAAUCAGAAUAAGUAAAGGAAUGCUCACUUUGACAGGGUACACUGCACGGAGAAGGAGAGCAGAGCAAACCAUGCUGCUUCCCCAACCAACACCAGCUGGUCCACUCACCACUGCUUCUGGUUGUAAGUUAAGAAAACAGCGCCACUUUCUUAGAGGGAAAACUCAAGACCUUUGGGUGCCUUUGGCUCAGAAGACUGUAAGCACAUCACGGACCCCACGAAGUACGCUCAGCAUUCCGAACUACCAUCUCCUCUUCUCCCUAACCCUUUGGUUUCUUGCCGACAAAGGAUUUUCCUCUGAUUUCUAAAGCCACAUGGACCAAUAUAUGUACUUUCCCCCUUCACUGACUUCAAAGUUCAGAUAGUUGAGGCUGGACAAUGAAAUUGAUUUUUUUCCCCAAAAAACUGCUGUGGUUUUGCUGCUACACUGAGAAUUGUGAUUUGCAUUGUAUGGUUUUGGACCUAUUUGCGUUUUUGAUUGGGGGUGGGAUUAAAGGGGUCAUACUGGAGUACCGACACUUCAGAGUCAUCUCUUAUCUCCUGUCCAUGAUGCACUUUUAAAUGAAGAGUUCUUAGAAUAUUUUAUUGGCUAAUAUACUUUUUUUUCCUUGUUAUUUUUUACAAAGGCCACCUUUAUCCUUUUUAAUGCCAUAUUUUCAGUGUUAAACUUUUAUGGCUUUUUAUUUUUUAAUUUUUUUAUUUGACAGAUGUAAGAAGCAGCAUGAAUAGUUUAUACUGUGGUUUUUCAGAGACUGAAUGCCAAGAGAACUCAGUAAAUGUUUAUUCCUCUCAGCUUUCCUCUCUUUCAAUUCCCCUAAAUAGUGCCCCAUUUGGGAACAGAGCAAGAGUGUUGAACUUAAGACCAAAACAAAAAAAAACAAAAAAAGGAGAAAAAGAGGGGGAAAGGAUCCCCUGAAGGUGUAAAACUAUCUGGGGAAAAUAUUUGCUGGGUGUUAUGAAAGACUUGGAUGAAAUUUCAACCCUGAUGGUUUUUCAGUGAUCCAGGAAGCCAGUGAGACAAUCUCUCCAGAUGCAAAACCCUUUCAUGAUAAUUAGAAAGGUAUGGCCAAGCCAAUGAAAACAUAGGGGUAAAGUGAGAAGAGAGCCCCCAUGAUUCUGUUUCACUGUUUGCUUUCUCCUGUCAUGGUUAAAAGAAAUGUGCAAUUUGAUCCUCGGUUGGUGGGUGGAGGAUAACAGGGUAGAAUUUACUUGUGUGCACUUGUAUAGUUGUAGCCAAGAGUCCAAAAGUACACUAGAGCAUGUAUGCCGGCACUGAUUGGGUAUAACAAUUGUGGAGUAUCCCAUUUGGACAAAAAGACAAUAGUAAAGGAGAGAAAAAAUGAGUUGGGGGGUCAUAAAAAUAUGUUCAAAUCACCUUGUGAUCCAGUGUAACUGUUUACUAACUUGAAUAAAGCAAUUGUUCACACAAUGGUGUCCCAGAUACACCUUUACUAUAAGGCUGUUAGAAUUAGUAAACAGGAACUGGUUUGAAAAGGAAGUGCUUCAGAGAUUUCGGGGCAGGGUCUGACAUAAAAGCCAAUCAAAUUGAAGCCUUAUAGCAAUGGUGCGCCAAGGGCACUAUGUACAUACUGUAUUUCUAUAUUUUCCUUUGUACAGAUUCACCUAAGUCAAGCUACUGUUUUACAGGUGCUCCUUAUUUAUUAGGGCUGUGAAGGCUUGGAAGAUUACACCCGACGAGCAAGGUCGCUUUUUAAAAAAAUCAAUAAAUGAAAAAUUUAAAAAGGUGAGGGGUGGGAGGGAGGGGCGGAAGGGGGUUGCGGGGAUGAGCUCAUGAGCCCAUGGAAGGAUUUCAAAAGCGAACACAGACAGAUUUCUAUGGGGAAACGUGAAGCACUUUGAAAGAUGCUUCUUGUUGUUCUGGGCUCAUGCCAUUUUUUUUCCUCCCUGACUGGUGUCAGAUUUAUUAAAACAAAAUAAAUCUCCAAGUUCAAAAAAA